AUGGGAGAACUGUUUCAGUGAAAAUAUCUGAAUCCAUUAACAGCAGCCAUGAUAUUGGUUUACUAAAAAGAAAAGUCCAACAAUUGGAUGAAUUUCCAUUAAGCUCUUGCUUCUGAGAUUUGUGUUCUCCAUCAAUCUCGUUGACCUAAACAAAAAGAAGAAGAAGAAGAAGAAGAAGAAAAUGUUUGUUGGGUACCUUCCUCCAUUGUUGCUUUCCCUUGCUGCUGUUCUUCUUGUUCAUGGCCAACUCCAAGCAGGGUUCAUAAGCAUUGAUUGUGGAUCACCUGAGAAUCUCAACUUCGUAGACCCUGACACUGGUAUCAGUUACACAUCAGAUGGAGCAUACAUCAACACUGGGAUCAGCAACAACAUUUCUUCUGAAUAUGCUUACCCCAACAAUCCAAAUCUACCUUAUCCACUUUCAGAUCUCAGGAGUUUUCCUAAUGGUAAUAAGAAUUGUUACACCUUAACACCUGCAGCAGCAAAGGACAGUUUAUACCUGCUCAGAGCCUCGUUCUUGUAUGGAAACUACGACGGCCAAGAAAAGCCCCCGGAAUUCGAUCUUUAUCUCGGUGUUAACCUAUGGUCGUCGAUUAAAUUCCGGAAUGCUUCCGAUGUCGUAACGACAGAGAUAAUUGGUUCUGUGGUAUCAGAUACUGUAAGUGUUUGCCUUGUAAAUAAAGGUAUUGGAAUUCCUUUUAUAUCAGCAUUGGAGCUUAGGCCACUGAAUAGUUCAAUUUAUGGUACUGAACUUGGGAAACCUGUUUCAUUAGUACUCUUUGAAAGAUUUGAUAUCGGGUAUGCAAACGGAACCGGUCGGUACAAAGAUGAUAUUUACGACCGCAUCUGGUCUCCCUACAAUUCUCCUUCUUGGGAUGUGAUUAGUACCUCUUCAGAAAUUAACAGUAAUGAAAAUGGAUACAGAGCUCCAUUGGAAGUCAUUAGAACUGCUGCAACGACUCGUAACGGUAGUGAUCGAUUGGAAUUAUCGUGGACAGCCGAUGACGAUGCUAGCAGCUUUUAUGUGUACAUGUACUUUGCCGAAGUGCAGCGACUUGAGAAAAACCAGACAAGAAAAUUCAAUAUAUCCUGGAACGGGUCCCUAAUGUUUGGGCCUGUCGUCCCUCUGUACAUGUAUGCAGCCACCAUAUCAAACUCGGAAGCCUUCACGAGGAAAGAACAUCGGAUUUCAAUAUAUAAAACUGAUGAUGCUAACCUUCCACCUAUUCUGAAUGCCAUCGAGAUUUACGUGGCCAAACAACUGGAUGAAUUGCCAACGUUUUCCGUAGAUGCUGCUGCUGUUCUAACUAUCAAAACAACAUAUAAAGUAAACAAAUGGUGGGUGGGGGAUCCAUGUGGACCAAAGAAUUAUACCUGGGAAGGUAUCGAAUGCAACUACAAUGUUUUGGUUCCUCCAAGAAUCGUUUCUCUUAACUUGAGUUCAAGUGGAUUAAGUGGCAGGAUAUCUACUUCAUUUGGAAACCUCUCAUCAAUGCAGACCCUGGAUUUGUCGAACAAUCACUUGACCGGACCAGUUCCCGAGUUUCUGGAAGAACUUAAAUCUCUGAAGUUACUGAAUCUGGAAGGCAACCAGCUGUCUGGUUAUGUUCCUGAAGAACUUCUAGAUAGGUCAAAGGCUGGACUACUUACUCUGAGGGUGGAUGAACAGAAUAUUUGUAGCUCAGGUUCAUGCAAAAAGAAAAAGAACGUUGUUGUUCCGGUUGUUGCAUCAGUAUUAUCCGCUUUGGUGCUCUCGGUUGCUUUAAUUCUGUGGGGACUACGAAGGAAACGAAAACCAGCAGAGGCUGAUGUCUUCAAUGGUGAAGGAAGGCCGUUGCCAUCAAAGAAUCGGCAGUUCACCUUUGCUGAGGUUUUGAACAUUACUAGCAACUUUCAAGAUGUCAUUGGCAAGGGAGGAUUUGGGACCGUGUAUCGUGGAAAACUGAAAGAUGGCACCCAAGUUGCAGUCAAGAUGCUUUCUACUUCAUCAAAACAAGGGUCAAGAGAGUUCCAGGCUGAGGCUGAACUUCUGAUGAGAGUUCAUCAUAGGAAUCUGGCUUCAUUCGUUGGAUACUGCGACGAUGGAAGCAAUAUGGCACUCAUCUACGAGUAUAUGGCCAAUGGAAAUCUGAAGGAUUAUCUCUCAUCUAAAAGCUCGAGUUGGGAAAUGAGACUCCGGAUAGCAAUCGAUGCAGCACAAGGUGCCUACGGUUUCAAAAAGCGUCUAGAAUACUUGCAUCAUGGAUGCAAACCACCAAUAAUUCACCGGGAUGUGAAAACAGCCAAUAUCCUCCUAAGUGAAAACAUGGACGCAAAGAUUGCAGAUUUUGGUCUCUCAAAGGCUAUUGUCCCAAGUGAAGGCCACAGUGAUUUAAUAGUAACUACAGUUAUGGGCACCCCAGGAUAUCUAGACCCAGAGUACUACAAUACUCGAAAGCUAAACGAGAAAAGCGACGUGUUCAGUUUCGGGGUAGUGCUGUUGGAGCUGAUCACUGGACAGAAUGCAGUGAUAAAGAAAGAAGAAACGAUGCACAUAGUUCAUUGGGUGAUACCUCUGAUUAAAAGAGGGGAUAUAGGAAGCAUAGUUGAUCGAAGACUGCACGGCGAAUUCGAUCCAAACUCGGUCUCGAAAGCUUUAGAAGUGGCAAUGGCUUGCACUAGACCUAAAUCGUUGCACAGAGCUACCAUGAGCAGUGUGUUGAGUGAGUUGAACCAAUGCUUGGCCCUGGAAUUGACUCACAAUAGGGAAACAAAGGACAGGUGCAGCAAAGAGAUUGACAUUGGAUCAUCGACACCAUCAUACGAUUCAUCUGAAGUGUAUUCCAUCAGUACUGCUACGGACUCCAUUACAAGCCCAUUUGCAAGGUAACAUGCAUAAGAGUUAAAUUACUUGAUCUUGACUCGUAGUAUGUAAAUCAAAAUAACGAGGCCCUCAAAAUCAAGUUGAUCAAAUAAAAAAGUAGUUAAAAUCAUCGUCUUUAUCAUCCCUCUAAAUGGAGAUGCGUGGCCACCAUUUUUUUACUAGAUCUAGUGAAUACUAGAGACUUCUAGCUUUCUCCUUUAGCCGCUAUGUCCCACCUUUGCUAAGCAUGAACGAAGGAACUCGAA